CAUUGACCUACAUCACACUUUUUUGAAAAAUCUAAAAUAAAGUUCGAUUUUGACAAUUAAGGAAUUUUCUCAUCCACGAAAGUGACACUAUGUGGUUUGUACUAUUAUUUGCAUUCGUCCUUAUUCUACUGAUACUGGUUUUGAUUACGUACUGUCGUUCUGACGUCGAUAGUAACAAAGUUUGUGUCGUCGUUCUUGGGGAUGUUGGAAGGAGUCCACGCAUGCAGUAUCACGCAAUAUCGUUAGCCAAUGAAGACUACUUGGUGGACAUAAUUGGCUAUUCAGGAUCAAAGCCUCCAGAGGAACUUCUAAAUAAUGAGAACAUCAUGCUACAUUUUAUGAGACCACCCCCAGAUAUUGUACAAAAGCUGCCUAAAAUGUUGAUAUAUCUGAGUAAGGUGGUUUGGCAAGCCACAGCUCUACUUUGGCUUUGUAGUAAAACCAGGAGGUACAAACAUAUAAUAUUACAAAACCCCCCAUCAAUUCCAACAAUGGCAGUGAUGCUGCUGGUCAGCUAUAUACAGGGGAGUAAGCUGCUUAUAGACUGGCAUAAUUACGGAUAUACCAUUCUUGCGAUGGCAGUUGGCAGUAAACACCCUUUAGUCAAAAUUGCUAAGUGGUAUGAGCAUAAACUAGGGAAGUUCUCAAAACACAACAUUUGUGUCACCAAUGCUAUGAGGGAAGAUCUCAAAAGCAAUUGGGGAAUAAGUGCUGAAACAGUUUACGAUCGGCCUCCAGAGAAGUUUAAAGAAUGUGACACUUCAGCCAAACAUGAGCUGUUCAUAAAACUUGCUGAGAGUUAUCCAGUCUUUCGGCAUAGAUCUGAUUCCUCAACAUCUACAGCAUUUACAGAGCAGCUUUCCGAUGGUAGCAUUCGGUUAUUGCCCACUAGACCUGCCUUGUUAGUUAGUAGUACAAGUUGGACUGAUGAUGAGGACUUCUCUGUGCUUCUUCAUGCCCUGGAUAGCUAUGAGACAGUAGCAGAGGAUACGGGAGAUCUACCAAAAAUUAUAUGUGCAAUUACAGGUAAGGGGCCUAAUAAGGCAUACUACAAAGCAAUAAUAGAGGAGAAGUUCUGGACGCACAUCCAGGUUGUCACUCCUUGGUUAGAGGCAGAAGACUACCCUAAACUACUUGGUUGUGCUGAUCUAGGGGUAUGUCUCCACAUGUCAUCCAGUGGUCUAGAUCUUCCCAUGAAAGUAGUUGACAUGUUUGGCUGUGGCUUACCAGUUUGUGCAGUACAUUUCAAUUGUUUGGAUGAGUUGGUGCAGCAUGAUAGCAAUGGUUUAGUAUUCCAUAAUGAACAGCAGUUAGCUGAGCAAUUACAGGAUCUCUUGUCAAACUUUCCAAAGCAGCAACAAAAAUUGGAUAAAUAUCGUGAGAAUCUGAAAACAUUCCAGAGUAAAAGAUGGAAGGAAUGUUGGCAGCAGACAGUAUUACCUUUGCUCAAGUCAUAAACGAACAGAAUCUCAAAGAGUAUCUCUCAUUCACAGAAGAGUAUAAUGCCUCGCCAUCAAUUUUAUGGAAAAAAUAUUAAUUUUGAUCAUUUUUCAAUUGAUGCAUUGAAAAUCUAUUUAUGUGUUUGAUAUGUGUAUGAUGUAUUAUUACUCAACUAACUCAAAUUUGCCCCAUCUAUUUAAAUUCACCCCACCUCAAGGCAGAAUCACAUCUAGCAAGUAUUCCAUUCCUGAAGAGUACUCUUGACAACAUUUGUUUCAAUUUUAGAAUA